UAAAAUUCAACAUGGCGGCCGAAGGUCCUCAGCAACCAGUGAAGAAAACUUUAUCAAAAAAUCUCAUGGAAAUGAAGUUCAUGAAAAGAAAAGCAGAAACAGACUAUCGUCGCCAGCUCGAAGAAGAACGACAACGUGCUAUCCAAGAAUCACACUGGGUGCUAGACGGACAAGAACAGGAAGAUAGAAGUUGUGUUGAAUUUGAACCAAGUUAUGUCAUAUGUGAGCAACUUUACCGAAAUGGAAGGAUGUCUUUCAAAAACUUUAACCCAGCAGUUGAAAAAAUGUUUAAAGAAAUGUUAGCUGAAGAAGAUCUAGCACAGUCAGAAGCAAGAGAAAGGGAAGAAACUGUCUCUGACGAGGAGAUGGCUAAAAGAUAUGAAAGCCUUGUGGGAACAGUUGCUAAGAAAUUCACAACAAAAAGAAAAAGAUCAUCAGUUGGCUUUACUUUUGAACCUGACAGCCCGUCUUCAAACCAACUGUCAAAGAGAACGAAACAUGGUUUUAUGAAACCUAGAGACUGAUAACAAAUUUCUGUUCACUAUUUAGCCUGAUUGUUGGACAGUUUCAGUUCCCUUUCUUUAAUCUCAGUUACU